AUGUCAGAUCAGGCGAAAACACCUAACAGCGAUCCCUCUGCAAAGUCCACUCCUGGCCGUGCUAAACUUGCCUGCAAAGCGUGCAAUGCCAGGCGCGUCAAAUGCGAUGCUGGGAGCGAGCAGCCUUGCUGGCACUGUCGCAUACGGAACACCCCUUGCGAGCUGAUCGAGUCGAAGAGGGGGAAAUAUGUUCGUAAAAAGAAACAACUCGGUCGAGGUCAACGGUCGCAGCCCGAGUCUCCCAGUUCGGCCAUUCUAAACCCUGAUAUCAGCAAUAGCACUACUUCCACUCUGAACAUAGCCAGCAAUAACUCUCUGGAAUCUAAUGAUAUGCACGGUCGGCCUGGCCAUUAUCAGACUGAUCAUGCCCCACAAUCUCAAUCCCAGGGAUCCGAUGCCCAUCUCGGCCCCGACGCCUGCCUUACCUACACCAUCGAGGUAGACUACACGCAGCGCAGUGGUUCAACUGAACGCUUAAAAGUGCACUACCCAAUUCCAGCCCCGGUCGCAGAUCGAUCAACAUUCCAUCAUGGACCCGGUGCGGAGCUGGUCUCGUUAGAGGACGCGUUGUCCAUGCCACCCCGGCAUAUAGCAGAUGGGCUGAUUCGGGCCUUCUUCGAACUUGUUCACCCUGCCUAUCCAGUCUUCGACCGGAAGCGCUUCACAACCUUGUAUCGCCAAGGGAAAGCCUCUCCUCUAGUCCUGCAAACCAUCUUCUUCAUGGGAUUCACUGUAGGCCCGGACAGUCUUAUCCAGGAAUCCGGCUACAGCAGCCGGACCAUGGCACGGAAAACGCAUUACCUUCGCGCGAAGCUGUUGUACGACAUCGACUACGAUACUGACAGACUGAAUGUAGCUGCCUCCCUGCUGAUCAUUGGAUUCUGGUGGUUUGGGCCCGAGGACCAGAAGGAAAACUGCUACUGGGUUGGAUGUGCCAGCCAGGUUGCACAGUCCCUGGGGAUGCAUCGUUCCGCAUCACAGUCUGGAAUGAGCCAGGCUGAGCGGUCGCUGCGGAAGCGCAUCUGGUGGUCGAUAUACACUCGCGACCGCCACGUAGCAGCAGCAUUCGGACAGCCAUGUCGGAUUAGGGACGAGGAUUGCGAUGUCGAGGCCCUUGCUGAAGAUGAUUUUCUGUUUGAUGGGGAUUGUGACGAGAGUCUCGUUCCACUCCAGCAAGACUUUCACUUGUCGUAUGUCAGGGAAAUGUCCAAGCUGGCUGUCAUCUUAGGAGAUAUCCUCAUAGGGGAGUUCAGCCCUCGCCGUCCUGCCCUGGAUAAAUAUGAGACAGGCAAUCUGGCACAAAGACUUGCAGAAUGGGAAUCCCGGCUCCCUGAUACUCUGCGAAGAGCUUCACCAGAUGGAUCGCUUGGUGCGUGGUUCUGGGCCUCUAUGCUAUAUAUUCCCUAUCAUAACUACCACAUCCUCCUCUUCCGGCCAAGGGCUAUCGAGAAUCUAUCACCAGCAGAGGCUGAGAGGGAUAUACGGGCACGAACUGCUGCAGACUCAAUCACUCGUCUUGCUGAAGACCUUCUAACAACCUGCACGAUCAGGUCUGCACAGAUUCAUCUCCUCCCUGCUCUAUUCGGGGCACUGUCUGUCCAUACCAUUGUCAUCUGUCGAAAAGACGCCAUUCGCCGGAAGCUCGCAGAAAACAAAUCACGACAGUGCCUUCUCGCACUAAGUGAACUGUCCAUAUCCUGGCCAGUCAGAAUCUGGUUCGCCAGGGCGUUUGUCAAUCUGAUGAGACGGCUGACUGGCCGAGGGGGUUCAAUCAUCAAUGUCUCGUCUAGUAUUGUGCGGAAUCACAGCAACCCAGCAUUUGAACGAGUAGGGAAUUCCGAUUCGCAGCAUGGAGCCAUCGAUCAGUCCUCUCAUGGCUUUACUGCUAAUCCAAUACUACCGAACUUCCCCGGGGUGUCCGAGCCGAGUGCAUAUACUGGUGACUCGAACGAGUCUUAUAACACACACCACUACGCUCCACAGAUGUCGGACCAACUAAUGUACGAUUCGUUCCUAGCGGGCUACCUCGAUAAUACAUUCGACCCGGACCUCCUGUUGUAUAACAGCCUAGAGCCUAUGCUCCCACUUUCACUCGGGAAUCCACCUGAUACGGAGAGAUCAGACUUUCCAGACAGCUAG